AUGGCCGCGUUAAUAGCUCCUACUGAUGAUAUGGAGAUGGAGAAGAUCGCAGAGGAUGAACUGUCCAAGUUGCAGAGACAGUUCAGGGUGAUGGAAAUAGACCGGGCUACAGUGCUGAGCAGCGUGCAGCCGACCCUAAGGAUGCAGAAGAACAUCAUCAACACCUUGAAUGCUGACCUGGAGAAGAUCAUGCUGGAACUGAAGUUCACCAAAAGCACUUCCAACCUCAUGGAAGGUGCAAAAAGCCGGGAGAAGUUGAUUGCUCUUCUGAAAGACCACGAAAAAUAUUCGAGUGAAGUGAAAGACCAUCGGGAAACUAUCAAAGAACUGAACUUCUUAUUGAAACAAGUGCAGAAGGAAAUCAAAUCACUGAGGUCCAAAGUUAUGGGGACAGAAAUUGCGUACUCCAACGUCUUGACUGGUCAGACCCUGAUCAGUCAGCUCGAGAACCGCCUGGACACCGCUAUGAAGAAAUUCAAUACGGUGAACAGUGAGAACUACUCCAUGAGAUUGGAAAUUGAUAGGUUGCUGAGAGAUCGGCAAUUCUUCAACACCCAUUGGAAGAAUCAGCUUAAGCGUCUAAUGGAUGGCAAGGCGAUGAUCAUAGAACUAUUGGAGCAAGCAAUCUCCACGUACGACCAGCGUGAGGAGUGGUGCUCCAAGCUGGAUGCCCUCAAGGAGAAGGCGGCUACGGACUAUAGGAAACACUGCUUAGUAAGUAACUUUGUUAUAUAUAUUUGUUAUAGAGACAUGGUUCAUAUUUUUGAGAGACGACCCACAAUAUAA